AUGGGUAGUGAAGAAGGAUCUGCUCCUUGUAACCAGGAGGACCAGAAGUCACCCGAAAGUACCAACAGAGGACGAAAUGAUCUAGAUGCAAAGUGUGAUACAACUUGUGAUGAAGUUGGAUCUGAAUCCUUUCCAGGAGAUGAAGUUAUCCUCAAAGCUGCAAGUUAUAGUGCCACCAGAACAACUAUCAAUUUGAAGGAGGAGCCGGCUUCCUCUUCAGAAAUGUAUACUCGCAAGCAGCACUCGGUGCAAAACCAUAACUCUGCUAUGUCUCAGACAUCUUGUAGUGUUCCUGAUUUUGGAGAAACUGGAGAGAUUUCCAACAGAAGAGAAAGAGAAUUACGAACACAAAGGUCUACAAGUGAAGAGAAGAGCAGGGCAAGCAAAUUUGAAGAAAAAGACACUACAGCUAGGAUAUCAAAGGCAGAGCACGGGCCGUCUCCUUUGGAAACGUCGCAUGGUCUAACCAAAUCUGCUGAAUGUCCCUUGCCAGUUUCAGCAGAAACAUGGAAAAAAGACGCACUUGGAGUUCAGAGGGCCAAAGAGAGGGAGAAUAUAACAAGAGUAGAUAAUACAACUGAAAAGGAUAAUGGGUCUUCUCGGAAAACACAAGAAACAAAAGAAAGUGAAAGGAGAUUGCAGAAAGAAAGAGAACUUGCCGAAGAGAAGGAAAGACGAAAAUUGGAAGAGGAGGAAAGGGAAAGGGAACGGAAAAAGGAUAGACUUGCUGUUGAAAGAGCGACAAGAGAAGCGCACGAGAGAGCAUUUGCUGAGGCUCGUGAAAAGGCAGAAAAAAUGGCUCAGGAAAGGAUUACUGCUGCACGGCAACGAGCAUCUGCAGAAGCCAGAGAGAAAGAAGAGAGAGCAAGUGCUGAAGCAGCUAUUGAAAGGGCUACUAGAGAAGCUAGGAUAAAAGCAGAACGUGCGGCAGUUGAGCGAGCAACUACAGAAGCUCGGGAGCGGGCAAUAGAAAAGGCAAAGGCCGAGAAGGCUCUUGCAGAAGCAAGAGAACGGAGGGAACGGUACAGAUCCUCUUUCAAAGAGGGUUUUAAGUCAACCAAUCAGGACACGCUAGCCCUGACAGACCCAUCCCGAGGGUUCGCCAAGACGUGCAGUAUGUUCUUCGAGAUCGAUCUGAGGACGAUCGACGCCGGCUCCGGCCAGGCGGCGGUGCUCAGCAGGGGCGUGAACGUGAUCGAGCACAACGCCUGCGUCGUCAGCGACGGCAAGCUCGUGACCAAGCUCCUGACGAGCUGCUGGCGUACACGCCCGCGCCGUUCGCCGUCAUAG